AUGCAGCGGGCUGGGAGCGUGGUAUCCCGUCUGGGCUCGCGGCUGCAAGCUCUCCCCUCGGCCCCAUGCCGAGCGCUCAGUUGUGCGCAGGACGUGCUCCACAGGACACCGCUCUAUGACUUCCACCUGGCCCACGGCGGGAAGAUGGUGGCAUUCGCGGGCUGGAGCCUGCCCGUCCAGUACCGGGAUAGCCACGUGAAUUCACACCUGCAUACACGGCAGCACUGCUCGCUCUUUGACGUGUCCCACAUGCUGCAGACCAAGAUAUUUGGCCGUGACCGGGUGAAGCUGAUGGAGAGUCUAGUGGUUGGAGACAUUGCAGAGCUGAAGCCAAACCAGGGAACACUGUCGCUGUUUACCAACGAGGCUGGAGGCAUCUUAGAUGACUUGAUUGUGACCAACGCCUCCGAGGGACACCUGUAUGUGGUGUCCAAUGCUGGCUGCAGGGAGAAGGACCUGACUCUCAUGCAGGACAAGGUUAGGGAGCUUCAGAACAAGGGCAGUGAUGUGGCCCUGGAGGUGAUGGAUAAUGCUCUGCUAGCCCUGCAAGGUCCCACUGCGGCCCAGGUGCUACAGGCUGGGGUGGCUGACGAUCUGCAGAAACUGCCCUUCAUGACCAGCGCUGUGAUGGAGGUGUUUGGCGUGUCUGGCUGCCGCGUGACCCGCUGCGGCUACACAGGAGAGGACGGUGUGGAGAUCUCGGUGCCGGCAGCAGAGGCCGUCCACCUGGCAGCAGCUCUGUUGAAAAACCCUGAGGUGAAGCUGGCAGGACUGGCAGCCCGGGACAGCCUGCGCCUGGAGGCGGGCCUCUGCUUGUAUGGGAAUGACAUUGACGAGCACACCACACCGGUGGAAGGCAGCCUGAGCUGGACGCUCGGGAAGCGCCGCCGAGCUACUAUGGACUUCCCAGGAGCCUCAGUCAUUGUUCCCCAGCUGAAGAGCAAGGCACAGCGGAGGCGUGUGGGGUUAACGUGUGACGGGGCUCCUGUGCGGGCACAGAGUCCCAUCCUGAGUCCAGAGGGUACCGUGAUUGGUGCUGUGACCAGUGGCUGCCCCUCACCCUGCCUGAAGAAGAAUGUGGCGAUGGGUUAUGUGCCCUAUGAGUACAGUCGGCCAGGCACCCCGCUGCUGGUAGAGGUGCGGCGAAAGCAGCAGCCGGCCGUGGUCAGCAAGAUGCCCUUUGUGCCCACAAACUACUACAUCCUUAAGUGA